UUUACGGAGACCUUUCAAGCGUCGACAUCACCCGAUACCGGACGUGUCCGUCUGCAUGUCUGCUUAACAGCUAUACCACUAGUGGUAAAUAAUCGGAAUUUGUUGAAACAGAUUCAGCUAGGAUGGGAAAUGCAGAGUCCACAGGUCCUGUAGACAUGGAGUCUGCAGAGGCAAAAUAUAUUCAACAAACUGUGGACAACAACUGUGUGGUCAUUUUCUCAAAGUCAUAUUGUCCUUACUGUGACGAGGCUGACAAAAUCUUUAAGAGACUACAAGUUGCUACCAAAAAAAUUGAACUGGAUGACAGAAAAGAUGGAGACGUGAUUCAGAAUAUUUUAGGACACAUGACUGAUGCAUAUACUGUACCACGAGUGUUUGUAAAUGGACGGUGUAUUGGUGGGGCUUCAGAAACCAAAGCACUACAUAAGAAAGGACAGUUAGAAGAACUUCUCAAACAGUGUAAAUGAAGAUUCACCGAAUCUAUAGACAUUUGUUAGAGUCUUGAUGUCGACUGUGGAUCUCCUACAGAUAGCCAGCCCUUCAACUGGUUUACGCAGAUAAUUGUUAAGUGAAAAACGGAUGUAUAGAGCAACACUGUACCAUACAGAUGUUUGCUGGGAAGUGUUAUGAUAUAUCAUGUUACAACAUAUAUCCUUAUUUAGAAAGCCACUUGGACUGUGUAGAACUACCAUAUUUCUGGGAGAAUGUUCAUGGUUUUGAUAUGUGUAUAAACAUAUCUGAUACAUUCAUCAAUUUCCUGUAAUUAAUGCCUUAUACUAUUUUAACUUAUUCAAUAAAGAGAAGACAAGGUC